GCGUGCGUGAAGAUGGCGGCGGCAGUGAUGGUGGUGAAGUGGUUGUAUUGAUAAGGGUUUCCUGAGAGUGUUGUUGUGAGGGUCUUCUGAUCAUAACGAUACCCGGGAAUGGCGGAGGUGGCGUUAGACGAGCUCAGUAAGCUCGAGUAUCUAUCCCUGGUGUCCAAGGUUUGUACUGAGCUGGACAACCAUCUGGGCAUCAACGACAAGGAUCUGGCUGAAUUUAUCAUCGAUCUGGCUGAAAAGAAUAUUACUUUUGAGACUUUCAAAGGAGCAUUGGUGAAAAAUGGAGCUGAGUUUACGGUAAGGUCCCGUAGAGGGAGAUUCCACAUCAUCCAAUAACAGAGUACUCAGUAAGUACUCGGAUCUAGCAGCAUCCAUCGAGAGAAAAACAACAUUCGUGUCUCGGGUUUGUGUUCUUCCAUCAGAAUUAUGCACUGUUCUUCACCAAAGUGAUCAGAGGUAUUGCUUAA